CACGAGCCGAGCGGGGGCAGCAGCGAGGAGCCCCCGGCCCGGCCGUGUCGACUCCCCCCACCCACACAGCAGAGGAGGCGGGGCUAGCCGGCCACGCCCCUUCCGAGCUAAGCCACGCCCCACGUCGAGGGCCACAGGCCCCGCCCCGUGAUUGAGGAGUCCCGCCCCUAGGGGCGGGGCCAGGCGGGAAGGCGGGCCCGUCCCGCGCCGCCCAGCUGGGGAAACUGAGGCAGAGCCGAGCCCCGGGGGGGGGGGGGCAAAGCGCGCUGCCCCCCCGCACGCCGGGGUCGCGCCGCAGUCCCGCGGGACCUCAGGGGUUAACGCGGCCCACCGGCCCGGUGCGGCAGGGCUGGAGCGGGGCGCCGGGUCCCUCCGCCGCCGGCCGGGGCCAGGACGCCGGGGAUCCCUCGCCCAAGUCCCCCCCGGUUUCAGGGCUAACGGGGGCGGGGCAGAAGGGGUUAACCCCCCUUGCCCCGGGCUUCCCUUUAAAUGGGCAACUCGUGUCUGCGCCUGCGAGGUCCCCGCCCCCCCGGCACCGCCGCCGCCCGCAGACCGGGCACGGCCGGGGCAGGCGCCGGGGCCGCGGGGCAGCCGCCGGGGGGCGAUGUCGGCCGAGGUGCGGCUGCGGCGGCUGGCGGCGCUGGCCCGGGACCGCGCGGCGCUGGGGCUGGAGGCGCUGCUCGACCUGCUGCUCUGCGUGACCCACGAGCUGGGCGCGUCGCCGCUGGCCCGCGAGCCCUACAUCGCCGACUUCCUGCGCUGGGCGGAGCCGCUGACCACCCGCAUCAGGGAGCUGCAGCUGCAGCGCGACGACUUCGAGGUGCUGAAGGUGAUCGGCCGCGGCGCCUUCAGCGAGGUGGCCGUGGUGCGGAUGCUGCGGACGUCGCGGAUCUACGCCAUGAAGGUCAUGAACAAGUGGGACCUGCUCAAGCGCCGCGAGGUGUCCUGCUUCCGGGAGGAGCGCGACGUGCUGGUCCGGGGCGACAAGCGCUGGAUCACGGAGCUGCACUUUGCCUUCCAGGACCACGACUACCUGUACCUGGUGAUGGAGUACUACGCGGGGGGCGACCUGCUGACGCUGCUGAGCCGCUUCGCGGACGGGGUGCCGCUGGAGCUGGCGCGGUUCUACCUGGCCGAGCUGGUGAUGGCCAUCGACUCCGUGCACCGCCUGGGCUACGUGCACAGGGACAUCAAGCCGGACAACGUGCUGCUGGACCGCUGCGGCCACCUGCGCCUCGGCGACUUCGGCUCCUGCCUCAAGCUGCGGGAGGACGGCACGGUGAGCUCGGCGGUGGCCGUGGGGACCCCCGACUACCUGUCCCCCGAGAUCCUGGCGGCCGUGGAGGCGGGGGCCGGGUCCUACGGGCCCGAGUGCGACUGGUGGGCGCUGGGCGUCUUCGCCUACGAGCUGUUCUACGGGCGCCCGCCCUUCUACGCCGACUCGGUGCUGGAGACCUACGGCAAGAUCCUGCACUUCAAGGAGCACCUGCGGUUCCCGGCGGGGCCGGCGGUGCCCGAGGCGGCGCGGGCGCUGAUGCGGGGGCUGCUGUGCGGGCGCGAGGCCCGGCUGGGGCGCGGGGGGGCCCCCGACUUCCGCCCCCUCGGCCUCUUCGCCGGCCUGGACUGGGACGGGCUCCGCGGCAGCACCCCGCCCUUCGCGCCCGGCUGCGGCGCCGCCACCGACACCUCCAACUUCGACGUCCUGGACGAGCGCCUGACCCCUGCCGAGACACUGUCGGACGUGCUGGAGGGGGCCCCGCUGGGCGUGCACCUGCCCUUCGUCGGCUACUCCUACACCUGCUCUGCCCUGCAACAGGAUGAGACCCCGGACCAGGCCCCGGACGCUGCCGAGGAGAUGGAGUGUGACAGGGGGGCGCCCCCCCAGGGCCCGGCCCCCCCGGAGGAGCUGGCCUGCCCCCCGCCCGACGCGCCCGCCCUGGACCUCGCCGCCCUCCUGGAGCUGCAGGGGUGCGAGGGGCUGGAGCCCCCCGGGGCCGGCCCGGCCCUGCCCAGCCGCCCGCAGGAGGCCGAGACCCGCAACCGCGAGCUGGAGGCCGGGCUGCGGCGCCUGGAGGCGGAGGCCGAGGUGGCGGGGCCGGCGCAGCCCGAGGAAGGCGAGUGCCCGGGGGCGGGGGACACGGGGCCGGGGCCCUCGGGCGGGACCCGCCGCGCUCGGCGCUGCACGUCGGGGGGGCAGGACCCAGGGGCCCCUUCCACGCCGCGGGGCAUCGGCUGCCAGCACCACCGCCCCCGCCUGCUGCUCACACCGGGGCUGCGGGGCGGGAGUGCGGCGCACCGGCGGGGCACGGCUGGGCGGCUGCACCCACGGGGGGAUGAC